AUGAGCAGCGCCAGCGCAGUUGGGGGCUAUGCUGGGACUGGGGCGGACCCUCGCCUUGUGAUCGGAACUGUGGGACAAAAGGCCUUGUUACCUUCUGGGCUUCAAGUCAAAAGGAGCAAUGUUGAGAUUGUGUGGAAACACCUAUCAUCCCGCACCAGAAUACUAGAAUAUACAAAAGGGAAAAUUAAAACUUGUAACACCAAGUACAAGGGACGAGUAAAUCUUCAUCUCAAUGACUUCAGUCUGGAAAUUUUAAGUCUACAGACACAGGACACAGGAGAUUACGAGGUAACUGAAACACUGGAUACGGGAGCACAGAGUGUGUCCACAGUCCGACUGGAGGUAUACGAGCCUGUGUCAGGAACACAGAUCUCGUUUCAGCACAACGGCAUCUGCAACUUCACCCUGACCUGCUCCGUGACCUCUGGCGACCCCACCAGCUUCAGGUGGUGGAAGGGAGGAGAAGCUCUGGGAAACGACAGCACCCAUCACCUCCGGGAACACGGAGAACGUUGA